CGCUGUGCGCAACUAUGACUGGACGCCCGUGCAAGAGCGGAGCUGAAAAAACACGAGUUCCCUCUUGAAACUUCCAGCCUAGUAACGCAUGGUUCUGCCUUGGCCUGUCAUGAUGCUUGCCAAAUGUUUGCAGGGCGACAACGGUUGGCCCUGUUCCGAAUGGCGACUGACAAGGCUGGUUUAACGACAUAUCAUGUGCCAGAAAUUCGAGACCUCAGCGUGAGCACGGGAAAAAGCUUUAUCGAGUGGAGCUUGAUCGUCAGUGCUUGCCGGCUACCGUGACUGGCUGCAGCGAACAAACCGCUCCCCCUUGUUCAGCAAAAGGACCGUGUGAUGCAGAGUUUAUCAACUCCUCUCCGCCUGCUUCGCAUAUCUGUCUCGUAGAGCUCAGGAGACCCUUUCUGGUUGACUUCACAGCCGAAUUUGCUCCUCAUGUUCGUGUGUCUUUUUACGAAAAAAGGAUGAGUGUUGUUGCAAGAAGACCACCUGAAUCGCCGCGAAUGUCAUACAGCAGAUCUCCUCCUCAACCGUCCUAUCGAGAUGGCUCACCGCAUCGUCAAUCCCCUUCUCCCGCCCAUCCACGAGUAGUGGUGCCUCCGUCCCCACGAUCAUCUUCUUUUUCGUAUAUGAAUCACCAUUACUCCAAUUCAAACGCCCCGAAUAUCUACUCUCCUACAGCCCCUCACUUCCCCUUUCGAUCAGUGGGGCGGAACCCAGCGUUUCCAGACACCCCGGCGCCUACCUUCCCAAAGCAUUUGCCUCAGGAGGUGUACGAAUGCAUUGUCCUUCAGUUACAGUUGUUGCAUAAUCACGGGGAAGGAUGCAUAACUUGCUUUGUGAGGGACUUAUAUUCCCUCAGCUUGACGAGCAGAGCAUGGGAGAGGGCAGUGAGGCUCAAACUGUAUCAAAAAAUUCAUAUCCAUGGUGCCGAUGCACCUGGUCAAUUGAAGAGGUAUAGGUGGAAAAGGGGCAGUCGAUUGAAAUUGCUUCGACGAACGUUACGCGAGAGAAAGCUGCUAGCAAACGCUGUCCUUGAGCUUCGAGUGCCAGAGCUCGACCUCUUAAUAUCAACCGGGAAGUAUCAUGCUGGUUUGCAAGAAUACGUUGAUUUAGUUGCGUCGGUUGUCAUGGUCUGUCCAAACCUCGAACGUCUUUUGGGAAUAACACUCCCAUAUACACACGAAUUUGAUCGCCUGACUCAUGCAUUGUCGACUCGGAAGAAGCUUAGAGAGCAUGCUUGGAUUAUCGGAGAAAAUGCGGCCGUCAGUGAGCGAGCCAUGCAACAGUCGCCCAAACUGCUGGAUCAAGGCCAAGCCUACCAGUUCCUGAGCUUCCAUACCUUCUGGAGCAAUCUGGAAACGUUAAUGUUGCACUCACUGGAUUCAACUGGGAUCUUAGAGCACGGGAUUGUUUUACGAAUGUUAAAUUUUCUCCCAGCUCUGCGUCAUUUAUCUGUUUCAUGCCUGAAUGCUAAUGAUUUCACGGAUCGAACACUGCUGUUUUUGCCGCCACUUAUUUCCUUGCGCCUUGAGUCCCUCUCUGGUGUGACGGAAAAUGGAUUGUCGCGAUAUACAUCGAGGCAGGAAGCAAGAGGGUUGCAGUCGUUGACACUAAUAGAGCAGAACAUCACUUCGUUGCUAGUGAUUUCUAAGAUCUUUGCGUCGUUGAGAAACUUGCAGCGGUUUGCCAUUGUGCAACAAGCUACGGCCCCAACGCUUCCUGGAGGCCAUAUGGUAUUCCAGCCGCUUCUCGCCUCGUCAAGCUUGAAGCAACUUCACUGGGAUCUUGCUAGCCCAAAUGCGGACGCUCUGAACCAGUUGGAUCCCCAGCAACUGAGGAGGCCACAAAAAGCCCCGAAUACUCCUAAUUUCCACCUUUCCCAGAGUAUCCUACAUGCCGGCUUUCCGUCUCUCAAGACUCUUCGUGCCCCGAGCGAUAUCGAUCCUCUUGGAGCAUUACAAUCUGUCUGCCGCCCUACUCGAAACGGCCAGAUAAUGCUCCUUUCAGAUCGGUAUAGUCUCCCGAGGAGCUCCCAAGGUACGCUUUCGAAGCGUCCUCUGGCAAUGCCUGGCGGCAAUAACCUUACUUCAUCCCGGAUACGUGCACAAACCCUGAUAGACAUUGCGGCGAGAGAGGUCGACCAGGGCAUUAAGGUCGUGGUCACAGAUCAUUCUGCAAACCAGAUACUGGCACCCAUGCCAGCAUUCUCUGAUUCCAGUUCGGAAAGCGAAAUUGAUGACAUUGAUAAUAUCCUGGAGUCUAUCAAGGAGAAGAAAAAGAAGCCAUCCCCACCCAAACGACCCUCCCCUUCUUCUGCUAUCAAAGUCCACGAGUUCACCAUCCCAACCUGCAUGGGCCGAGUAUACAACUCAGUCUAUAAUAAAAUAGCUGCUACAACCCCGCGCUUCACCCUCAAACCAGACAUUCCCGGCUCCGACGCCGAUGGUGGUUUAUUAAGCUGGAAACAUAUCCUCACAGCCAAUCAAACAUGGUCCUACUACACUCCCUUGUCCCCUUCUCUCUCGGUCGUCCGUGCCGGCACGAACUCCAGCUUGACUGACGACAUCCCUUCUCCAUCACCAACAUCCUCUCGUUUCACAAUUCGUACCGCUGGUGCAAGUAGCACUGCUGGUUCUCUCCCUUCGCCACGGACACCCACUUCUCCAAUUCCUCCCCUCUCUCCCUUGGGUCCAGCCCCAGGUGAGCAGCCCCUGUGGGUGAGAGAUACAUGUAACGGAUCAUGGAAUCAGGGCCAUAGGCUGGGCAAAGAAUGGUGGAUGCAUAUCGAAAGGGAGAGAAUGGGAAGCGGAACUUCAACGACAAAGCUACUUGAGUUGCGACAUUUAUUUUAACGAAUUUUACUCCUUCAUUUCCUUCUCUUUAUUUAUGCUGUGCAUAUAAAGACCCCGGAGAUAAAAUGACUGCCUUUUUUUCCCCCCUUCGUUUUCCCCUUGUUGGUUUGUUAAAAUGGCGACUCAUUAAUAUCACCCCGACGUCGCUCGCUAUUUGUAAUUGGUGUUUAGCUGGAUGUGGAUGGUAAACGAGGGAGGCUAUAUACACAUGGACAUCCAUUACCGUAUAAUGUUUACAAUUUAUUUCUAAUAGCAUACAUCUUUCGAUGUAGCCUUUUCUAACAUUCUA